GCCGCAAUCCGCAACUCUGCACUUGGGGUUGGGCUCAACCGAAUCGCCCCCGCGCCAGGCCGUUCUCGUCGACGCCGCCGACCAAUAAGGAGCCUCGCACGCCACGCCACCACCGCCGCCGCAACCCACGCGAUGGCGCCACCGGACUCCAUCUCCACGUGCUCCUCCCUUCCCCUCGCCGCUGCGCCCAUGUCCGAACCGACCCCCUUCCCCUUCGCUGCGUCGCCGCUUCCAAACCCGCUCGUAGCCACCGCCUCCUUCCUACAGCACCACCUCUCCCGUUUGGCUUCCCACCUGAACGUCCCGCGCCCCGCCCUCGCUGCCGCGGCUGCGCGCACGCCGGGCCCCCAGGGCGCCUCCCUAUCUCUCUCUCUCGCGCCCGAUGAGGUCGCGCGCGCUCUUACCGGCACUCCCGUCUUCACUGUCUGCAACUCCAGCAACGAGUUCGUGCUUGUCUCCGACCCUGCCACCGGCCUCCGCUCCCUCGGCCUCCUCUGCUUCCGUUCGGAGGACGCCGACGCCCUCCUGUCGCAUGUGAGGACGCGGCAACCGGUGCUAGGCAAGGGGGCAAAAGUGGUGCCUAUUACACUUGAUCAGGUCUAUAUGUUAAAGGCUGAAGGUAUCGCAUUUAGGUUCUUACCCGACCCUCUUCAAAUAAAGAAUGCACUGGAGAUGAAAUCGGGCUUAACUGCUUUUGAUGGUGUUCCUGUUUUUCAGUCAGAUCUGCUGGUUGUGAAGAAGCAGAAGAAGCGCUACUGUCCAGUAUAUUUUCAAAAGGAAGACAUAGAAAGAGAACUUACAAGGGCUUCCAAAGGUUCAAGAGGGUCAGCCUUAUCUAAGAAAAUUAUGGUUGGAAGUUUGGAGGAUGUCCUGAAGAAAAUGGAGAUAAAUGAAAGAGAUUCUGGCUGGGAUGAUUUGAUCUUUAUACCCCCUGGGAAGAGCCUCAACCAACAUAUCAAUGAGGUAUCAGCAUGAUUUUGUUCCACGGUGAUAGCUCAGAGUUUGAACAGACUAUUCACUUUAAAUGCUAUGAUGGUCAGCCAAACGAAAUAUCAAAUUGCUGCCUGAGCUUUUCCUUUGGAUAGCUAUUUUCAUGGUCAGCUUUGUCAGGGAAAAUUAACUAAAGUGAUAGAAUAUGGCUGUGAAACAAUUUUCUUGUUGCUUCGAUUCACAAAAUUAACACAGGUUACACAAGAAGAUUUGAUGAAGAGUAAGUUGCGACAUUGGU